AUGUCAGCCGAUCCGCCCCGCAGACGCCGAUCAUCUUUCUCAGAACACUUCCAGCGUGUCUUCCAUGGCGAUCGAGCGGAUCGAACCGACCGAUCAAAUCAGAAGCGCCAGAGUUUAGGGCAAGACACUCCGACCCUGUCGCGUUCGGCUCGACCGAGCGACGACUAUAAUGCCCCCAAGUCGGAGACUGCCGCUCCAUCGGCUGAUGAGACGGGGAUAAGCUCUUUCAACUUCUCGUCAAAUUCUCACAUUCCUUCUCUCAGCACUGCGGGCUCCAGUGCCUCUGUCCACGCGAUUCUCAAGGAUGGUGAUACAACGCCGCCGGAACCAACAGAGCCAAAGCGCGCCGUGGAACGAGGUAGGGUCUUCUCCGCGCCAACGUGGGGAAAAGAAACAUCCCGGAAAGAGAGGCGCGCGACAAAGCGAUUAGAGGCAGAGAGAAAGGAGCUGGAGAAGCGCAUGCUUCAACUGGAUCAAUCCCAGGCCCAGCAGGACAGUGGCGCUGAUCGCAACACCCGCCGCUUGGUCAAGAAACAAACUGGAAGUGCAGAUCGGUCAUCCAGUGCCGGCAGUCUGCGCCUAAGAUCAUCAUCUAUCACGUCAUUUUUCACAGGCCGACGCUCUAGAUCGCGGGCCGGUUCGACAACUGGAAGUGACAAUGAAUCUACCCGUGACUCGACUGACACAAAUGCAGCGGAGCCCAUUCCACCAUCUAUACCGUUGGCUCUACAGGAGCGCUUUGGAGCUGAUGUAUCUCGGGAGCUGGCGAAUCGACAUGGAACUACCUUGAUCCCUGCGAGUCAGCUCGCAACACAGCUUCCCUCACAGCCACCACAAUUGCAGCGACUGCACCAUACUCCACUCAAAUCGGACGAUCUUCGAGAGAAUUGGAAAAUGGCGGAAGAGUGGAAAAAGACACAAGGGAGCGGGCCUCAUGCGGAUGUUGUCCAAGCAGAACACAUGACAGGGGAACAGUCUCAGAAACCUCGACUAUCAAUUUACGGAACGAACCUGGAUCAAGAGUUCACUGUAACUCCAAAUUACUCGAGGAAGACCCCCAAGGGCUCUCCGAGCCCCGGCAAUGCGACUCGCCAGGUCCUGUCUUUGAGAAACACACCAGAGCGCAGUCCGCAAGUCCAGGAUCCCUCCAAUAUCCAGAUUACAAACAUGCGCCAGCUACGUGACUUUUCCAACACGAAGUCAGAGACACCCACUUUAGACACGGAUAUUCAACCCAUGCAUGCCGAAGUCUCAAAUUAUCCCAACCAGGUGGAAUCUUCACAUACUCAUCCGAGAGCAUACAUAUCCUCACCACUGGCCAUGAACCCAAACACCCCAGACAGCCCGACUCAGUCGCCAAAUAAUCCAUCGCUGGGUAUGGAUGAGCUGGAUUUACCACAGCCUUUGCGAAUCUCAAAGUCUCCUCAAUUUGAAGAACCUCGUAGGCACGAUCGACAAUCAUCAUUCUCCCCAUCUGAGAGGGCCCAAAGUCGGCCAAAGGCGUAUAGUUCUGGAAAGGUGCGCCAGCCAGAAGAGUUCAUGCACUCUCGUGCAAUAGCUCCCCCCAAAAACCCCAAUCGACGAAGUCUUGAAGACCAAAUUCUCAAGCCAACGAGUAAAGAGAGCCCAGGAGGGCACACUACGUUGAAUGAUGCAUCAAAUAGCUCCAAGGAUCCUCGGGCUCGAUAUCACCUCGCUUCGCACCUUGCCGAAGAAGAACAACCCCCAGUAAGCCUGAAUGAUACAGAAAACAAGCGGUUAUCCCAAUCAUCUGUAGCAUCGAGCUAUAAUACCGCCGAUGAGGAAGUACUCGACGUACCCCCAAGAUGGUCCAACCGAGCAUCCAUCCCAGCCUCCGAGCCCAACGAAAAGAGAUCCCCCAUUCCUACGAUAGAAAUCACGACACCGAGAGAUCCACCCAAAGGUCUCACAAAUCCCCGAACCAGACCACCGCUGACUGCUGCGGCCCUAAGCAUGUUACGCAAAACCCCCAUGCAAAAGAUAAAACCACCGCGAUCCGACGAUGUUCUCACCAAGCUAUUCGUCAUCUGCUGUCAAUGCAAACAUUGGCACGACAUGCCAUCAGACAUAUAUGCCAAGCUGGGCUCUCCGGGGCGUCCAUCAGAAUCCCGACUAUCAAGAACAUUCUCACGACGUAAUUCAGCGAGAAAUUCGAUUUUCUCUUCAGAGCCAGAUGAUCCACGACGUAUGCCAGUGUCUGGGCGGGUGCCUCCUAAUGGUCAGGCUCAGGUUCCAUCUGGGGAUGGUGUACCGCAACCUCAGCCGCCUGUUCAUCGUUAUCAAUGCUGUUGGUGUUCUCAUGGUAUGAGUAAGACUUGUUGUCAAGGGUGGACAGCGCUCGUUCAGAUGCGCGAGCGCUGUCAUUGA